AUGCCCGAAAAUCCCAGCACCGACUCGCUGAAGCCGCCCGACCCCGAUGAGCAGGAUAGCUUGCGCGCGCUGAACCGCACACCGCAUCCGUACCACCACCAGAGCGAGCAUCUCCCCUAUGCCGCCGACCACUUCGACGUGCGCAGUGCGAACGAGUCGCUGCGCCCAAGACCGAAUGGAAAUGGAACGAGCAAGUCGCCCCGGUCGAUAGCAGACGCGUACAAGGAGUCCUCCCCUGGGAGCGACAGUGGCACCGAAGCUGACGACGAGCACUUUCUCAAGGGGCUGCCGGCCCCCAAGACCAGACUGCAUAAGGGGCUGAGGGGUCAGAAUGAGCAUUUGUCGGACACGCCGUCGCCCAUGCCCUCGCCGACAUGGACGGGAAAGGAGGCCAAAGAUUACACAUCCCAACCCAUCGCGCGGCAGCAGGCACUGGGGAGCCGAAUACUGGGGGCGGUCCGUCGCAACAAGAACUUGACGCAGCGCGCCACCGAGGCUGGCAUUGUCACUUUCCUGAGCUGGAUGGUCAUGGCCAAUGAGCAGGUUCAGCCGCUGGUCAAGACGUGGAAGCGAGACUUCGAAUUGCUGGGAUUGAUUUACACAAGUUUGCUUGCAAUGUAUUCCGUGCGCGUUGCCAUUUGGGGCUACAGGAAGCGGAACCCGACGAAAUUCAUUCCCCUACGGCUACCUGCAAACUUCGACCCUGCGCCGAUUCUCUGGCCGCCCGCCGUCACAUUGUGCGUCUCGCUGCUGGUGGCCACCGACAAUCCCGCCGUGAUCCUCCCCAACAUGAUCCUCAGCAUCUGCACCUGGCCGCAGCAGAUUAUACCAAAGUUCGAGCUUGGGUCGGCCUACGACUCCGUACACUGGGCCCUGACUUGCCUGCCUCUCGUAUGGAGUGCAUCCCGUCAGAAUGUCGUUCGCGUCGCAGGAACCCAUGCUUUCGUCUCCAACGAAGAAAUGGUGCUGUUAUACCCGCUUCACCAGACGCUCUGCGUCGUUUUGCACCAUCUCACCACUACCAGCCUGCUCACCGCAGAGCUGCAGCUUUUCUCCGUUGCGCUGAUCAACGUCUUGAUCCUGGCGUCAUCACCCCAGAUCUACGUCCUCAAAUCAUUGCUGUGGGUUGGUGGGCUUGGCAUGCUCGUAACGUGCAGUGGUGUCAUAAAGUCAGGCAUCAUCCUGGCCAGGGUGCCCAAAUGGCGGUUUCGCAAGAUCCCUGGGCACGGUCACCGGCCUCUGUGGAAGGAACUAUCAAAAGUCUUCUCGUGGCGGAGGAUCAAGAGCGAGUUCUUUGGUUCCAUGAGAGAGGCGCGCAUGGACGACGUUAGCACUUCGGAUGAUGAGGUCGAGUACAACCAGUUCAAAACACCCAAACGAACCCAGACCUUGGGUGCAGCCCUCAACUCGACAUCAAAAGGGCGAGGUGGGCGACCUUCAGACAACCGCGACUUCCAGCCCAGUGGUCUGGCCCGCAGCCAAACAUUAUCCUAUGCCAACGAUUUGCCUCAGAUUCACCACUCACAUACAUCAUCCGGCCGCAAGAAGCGUUCGACAUCAGUGACGCUACGACCGUUCCUGAAGCUGACUUAUACGCAAGCCGUUAUCCGGAAGUGGCUGUAUGCGCUCCAUGUCUAUUCCAUGCUCGGCGUCGUCAUCCUCGGAGGCAUCCGCACACACAUGCAGCUCGUUGCUUUCAAGGGCAAGGACCCUAUCGGAUGGGCACUGGGCUACUUAUUCGGCGACUUGCCCGCCUUCCGCUUCCAGGUCGUCAAUGCCAAUCUCGAACGCUGGAUCUGCCUCCCGGAGCGCACCCAGGACGAGGACAAGCUGUGUCACAUGGGCUGGGUACAACAUGUCCGUCACAAUGACUUUGGGGAGGCCAACACCCGCCUGCUCCUCGCCGCGUACUGGGCGAUUGUCGUGAUAGUCGGACUGGUCGUCGUCUUCCGGCUCCAGAACAUCUACGAGGUCGACACGCGGCGCAAAGUGUUCCACUUCAUGAUGGUGGGCAUCUUGCUGCCAGGCACCUUUAUUGACCCGACCUUUGCCGCCCUGGUCCUGGCCAUUGUGUUAGCCAUCUUUCUCGGCCUCGACCUGUUGCGAGCCAGCCAGCUCCCACCUCUGUCCAAGCCGAUUGCUUCGUUUCUGGCACCGUAUGUCGAUGGCAGGGACUUUCGCGGCCCGGUGGUGAUCUCCCAUAUCUUUUUGCUGAUCGGCUGUGCCAUCCCCCUGUGGCUGGCUUUGGCGGCGCUGCCUCGCUCCGGGGCGGGCUCCAAUGCGGGCUGGGAGGUGCCGACCCGAGAAGUCAGCAUGGUGUCGGGCGUGAUCUGCGUUGGGUUGGGCGACGCCGCAGCGUCACUCAUUGGGCGUCGCUACGGGCGUCGCAAGUGGAUCUGGGGAGGCGGAAAGAGUCUAGAGGGCAGUUUGGCCUUUGCCGUGGCCGUCUUUGUCGGUCUCGCGGCCGCGAGCAUCUGGCUUCGCGUCGGGGGCUGGCCUAUUGCGGACGAGCGCGCCGGUGUUCUGCAAAGCGCCCGGAACGCUGCGGUGUGCGGCACCGUGGCUAGUCUCACGGAGGCGGUCCUCACGGGCGGAAAUGACAAUGUCAUUGUGCCGGUGGUGCUCUGGACUUGUGUGAAGAGCCUCGCGAUAUAG